UGGUGGCCCGGACGGAGGCGACCGCAUCAGCGCGCUCCCGGAGGACAUGCUCCUCCAGAUCCUCGGGCGGCUGGGCUGCUCCCGCGCCGCCGCGCGCACCAGCGUCCUCGCGCGCCGGUGGCGCGGCCUCUGGGCGCGCCUCCCCGCGCUCACCUUCCGCGACGUCCCGGCCGAGGCGGUCAAGAAGGCGCUCGCCCGCGUCCGUCCGCAUCCGGGCGUGUCCGUCCUCGACAUCCGUCUCGCGAGGAGCGCGCUGCGCGAGGCGGCCAAGCGCGACGACGCCCAGGCCAAGUCGCUGCUGCUCGCCGCCAGGCGGAUCUCGCCCAAGGACGUCGUCUUCUUCCUCCCCCGGUCUUACAUAGUGAAGCCGGGCCGGCGCGUCGAGAUCGCCGUGCCCCGCUUCCUCCGCACCACCUCCAUCGAGCUGGACGCCCAUUUGCUCCGCGUCAAGCUGCCGGACGCCGAGCUCCCCGCGCUGGAGAGGCUGUCUCUCUCUGGCAACAUCGUCGACCUUGCGGCCUUUCUCAACCGCUGCCCGCGGUUGCGCUUGCUGAGCGUCACCUACCGUGACCUCGAGCCAAGCUUGCUCGAAGCGGCCCUGGUGGCGCUCAAGGUUCCUUUGGGGCUUGGCCUUAUUGUGUUCCUCCUUGGCAUCGAGUUCGGCCAGAGUCAUGAGAACUAUGAUGUGGAAGACGCUCAAUUUGCAUCCAUUCUCCACGCGGCGUCGAGGCUCUCUCCGCGGGAGCUUGUCUUCAUUACCGACUUCGACAGAUGCCUUCGUGCCGACCUGCCAUGCUUCCCUAAUGCCACAUCGAUUACGAUGACGGUGCGGUCCGUCUAUUUCACACGGCAAAUGUCGAAUGACCAGUUCUCGGCACUUGAGAGGUUGUCUCUCAUGGGUUGCACCGUCCGUGACGUUUCCACCAUGGUCUACCAAUGCCCAUGCCUGCGUGUGCUUAAGAUGAAUGCAGAUACGUCUACACGUGAUAUUACAGUGCACUCUCUGUCGCUGCAAGAGUUGGAGCUUGUUGCCCACGAAACACAAUGUGAGGGCAUCAACAUCACGACUCCGAUACUUGAGCAACUGAAGCUUGAUCUUUGUGCAAGCUCGGACCUCAGCGUGUCUGUCUCGGCGCCAAUUUUGGAGAAGGUCUCAUGGAGGUUUGCAUAUUCAACGUUGGCUUAUAUCUUUGGGUUAUGGUUUCUUCAAAAACUGGAGGUGGACACGAUAGAGGAUUACAAAUACAAAGAUGGGGAGCUCAUCAAUGAAGGCGAAGAUGCAUGUUCACAGCCCCAUCGUGUUCAUGUCGUAUCUUUGCACAUAUUUGCUCAUGUAUGUCUCUUUUUUAACCUAUUUUUCACUUGUUUAGCUAUUUUCGAAGUAUAGGACAAUGCCCAUGCGUUGCAACG